AAACUGAUAUAGAGUGAGAGGAUACAGACAAGAUUCUGCCAUCCAGUGGUUUACUGGUAUAAUUACUCACCAUGAUCUCUUCACUCACACCAUGAUUGUUAGGAAUGACCAGGUACUAGAACCACAGAAUGUCGAUCCUUCUAUGGUUCAAAUGACCUUUCUUGAUGGUGUUCUUCACCCUUUGUUGAAAGGAGAAGACAUUGGCAUCUCCUCACACCGUAGAUCUUGGUCUGCUCAAAGUAGCACCGCCGUUGACGAUCAUUCUAUACGUGCUCAAGCCAGUAGCCCAACACCAACUAUGAACUCCCAGGCUACAGGGACCACACAGAAUCUAUUCCUGCAGCAGCCUGGAAGUCCUCGACUCAACAGGAGGAGGGGCUCAGAUAGUAGUGCAGAUGAAGAGAAGAGAGAAGAGAAAUGUGGUUGCCUAGGCCAUGGAGAAAAUCAUAAAAGCAAAAAUAAACACUUUCAUAACAAAAGAAGAAAAACUGAAGAUGACGAAAAGAAUCUAAACGCAAAAAGACCUCGAACAGACAAUGUUUCCGACUAUUCUGAGUGCAGCGACUCAGAAACUUCAAGUAAAAGGAUGACAGACCCGCCUUAUAAUCCAAAUGCGGGAAAUGAGGCGAGCAGAAACGAUUCAAAUAUCAAUGGAGAUGAAGGAAUGUCCCAGCGCAGUGAGGGAGCAGAGCAACCAGCAGCAAGUAGCCAGUCUCUUUGGGGUCAAGUCCAAGAAGGUAAGAAACCGGAAGAGGCAGAACACCUCGUGCCAGCCGGCUUUGAGCUGCAAGGAAACCCUCUUCUGGGCACCGCAGAAAAGAUGAUGUUUUAUGACGCGAGCGUCAGCGACCUGCAUAUUCAGGAGCACCAACCAGAGAACGCACCUGCUGUGGAGAUGUUACCCCAGGAGCAAUUCGCGACCACACCACCUACCCCGAAAGGUGUGAUCGACGUUACAAAUGAGACCGGGUCAGAAAAGGCGGCUCAGGAAAACCCCGCAAGGAUCUUUGGUUUUCCGCCGCUUCAGAAAAUGGAGGCUCACAGCAGUGACGCAAAACUUUUGUUUUCCACUCCACAAUAUGUAGAAACAAGAAAACCGGAACCUGAACAAAGCUGGGCUAGCAGCAUGGCAAACAAAAUGGAUUUGGCAGCUCCUAGUCUUAAGAACCCUUUUGCCGUAAGUGAGCGUCUGAUUAUUGAAAAAGAAAAAGAUGCGUUUUCAACGUAUCGCACUCCAGGAAAUGCAGCUGAAGACCACAAACUGAAUAAACCGAAUCCACCGCCUCCUGAGGCCCCGAAGCCCAAAGUCCCUCCUUCGGGAGAUCACGUCAAACCAAAAGCCAGUUCCAUAUUUGACGUCAUUCAAGCCAAGUUCCCUCGUAACACCGAUGUGGCGAAACCUAAGGCCAGCUUCGCCAGCGGUGGCCGACCCGCUGCAGAGAGAAGGUUGACAAAUAAAACACAACUUGACUUGCCGAGACCGAGCUUUCAUCCCCCUUCCACUCGUGGCAGUGCAUCAGAAAGCACCAAGAACCCUCUUAUGGAUAAAAAUGACCAUUUCACAGCUUACAGAGAUCCUGCCCUCGCUGGGCAAGAGUCAGGAGGAGCAAGUCACGUUUCAUCAUUCUUAAGCCAGCACACUUUCCCUCAUUCGUCCCACAAAACUUGUCACAAUCCAAGUGGUCAUCAACCUUCUUUAAGUACCCCUACCCACUUGUUACCUGGCUCUUCAAACCAUAACCAGUUGCCUUCUCUUAGUCAUUCUGUGAACAGUUCCGCCCCCUCUCCUUUGCUUCCGACAGUGUUACCUGGAGUGCCUCAGGCCUCCUUAGUAGGUGGCCCCCCACGAGCAGAGGCUGCUCACUCCAGCAGCUUGAGCCACUUAUCAAUAGCGCCACAGCAGCAGCAGCAGCUGCUGCAGCAUGCAUCACCUCAUCACCUCGGACAAGCACAUCCACCUGCUUCCUAUAAUCAGCUCGGACUCUACCCAGUUGUUUGGCAGUAUCCUAAUGGGCCCCCUUCCUACCCGGCACUGAGCAGCAUGUCCACUCCUAAAUGGCUCCCACAGGACAAUGCAGCGAAUGCUGAAGCCUCCUUGCGGGGGAAUACUCCCAAUCCUUGGUUACAUCAGCCUACCCCUGUGACCUCUGCUGACGGUCUUGGGUUACCAAGUCACAUUCCUGUCAGGCCAUCCAGUGCAGAUCCUCAUCGGCCCCUUAACAUGACAGGUCAUUCUGGCCCAUCGUUGUCAAAAGCGUUAGUAGAUCAUCAUCCCAAAGAAGAAUUGGAGAGGAAAGCUUUUAUUGACCCUCUCAGGACUGUUGUUUCCACUUCAGUCAAGAGUGAUUUGGAUCUGAUCCCAGCUGUAAAAGAGAGUCAGUUACCGAGACCUUUUGUGGAUCAAAUGAUGAGUCAGUUCCAGAGGCCAAUUCAGGAUACUGGAGACAGGAUGAGCAAGUACAAUGAGGAAAGCCGAAGGGUCCUCCAAGAAAGCAUCGAUGACGUCACUCCCUUCGCGGACAAGAUGACUCUGGAUGGAGACGGAGAGAGCUAUUCCAGAAGCACUCCUUUGUCCUCUGCCAGCGCAAAAAGUCAAACCACCAAACAAGACAAAGACGGGGACCGCUCUGUGUCAGAACUGUUUGGUGUGAAGCCCUCUGCACCUCAGAGUAACUACUUCACCACCAUAUCCAGCACUGUUGUCAAUGAACCUCCGCGGUUCCCACCCAAAGAAGUCUCUGCUCUGUUCACUGAUAAGCAGAAUAACAACCCCUCAACAGUAGCCAAUCCUCAAGUCCUGACUUCAUGUAUGUCAUCACUUUCAAAGCCCCCACCUCUGAUUAAACACCAACCAGAAGGUGAAGGCUUGGGAAGCAAGCUAGCGGAACAGCUUCCCCAGCAAAUGCCGUCUCACUCCGUAACUGCUUUUGGAAAUGACUGUCGGAGUCCUAACCAUUUGGCGGUUUCUUCCUCGAAUCCAAUCCGGAGUAUGCCUGCAUUACAUAGAGCACCAGUUUUUCAUCCACCAAUCCAUCCCAGUCCAGAUAGAAAGGAAAGCACCUAUAGCAGCCUUUCCCCUCCCACCUUAACUCCAGUUAUGCCAGUAAAUGCUGGGGGGAAAGUCCAGGAAUUACAGAAACCUCCAACUCUACUACCUGAGCUAAAAGACGCUCAGGCAACUUUCAAGAAUGCUUCUGAACAAAAUUUGUCUGAAAUGUGGAGAUCUCCUAGUGCCCCUGGCAAUGAGAAAGCGACCUGGCAUGCAGAGAAAAGCAGCGGAAAGGCACCGGCUGCCACAGCAUCUGUCAUCGUGUGUCCCCCUUCGAGUGGAAAGUACGAGAGCGUGCCAGCAAUGCAGCCGGCUCCCAGGGAGCGAGGGAGUGAGAGAUCUUCAAUUGGGGCAAAUCCAGCCGAUAUCUGGAAACCAGUGGAAGCCCAAGAGGUUGGGAGAGUUAUUCUUCCCAAUUCAAACUUGACCCUUCCUCCAACCCACUAUGAGAAGCAGCUUGAGGCCACCCCCAAGGGCCGCACUGCCAGCUCCAUCAUCAAGCCUGCAACUCCUGGUUUGAUCUGUGGCACCAAACAGAACAUAACACCGGCCGCUGCCGCCACCACCAGUGACUCCAGCUGGAGCUGUGCAGAUGUGAUAUAUUCGCUGGCAAAUACAGUUUUGACACCCACAUCCUCACCGUCUACUUCGAGAAGUGUCGUCCAGCCGACAGCCCACGUACAGGAAUGCAGAGUCAGCACCAUAAUUUCAAACACCGCAGUCAGUAGCAAGACAGGCAGGGAGGCCCCGCCCAGCUCCGAGUUCUCCAACGCGGCCGAUUUUAUCCACUUAAAAAAACAUAAGGCUGCGUUGGCCGCAGCUCAGUUUAAAGGUGGUAAUGCCAACGAGGCUGAGCCGAGUGCCGGAAGCAGCCAAACGUAUCCAGCUUCCGCUCGCCCUGAAAGUCCUGCCACCUGCAGUUCGGCAAACAAGGCACAAGCUGUAGGCAGCGGGCAGAACUCCCAGACCAGUCAGCCCAAUUACCACACCAAGCUGAAAAAGGCCUGGCUCACCAGACAUUCCGAGGAAGAUAAAAACAGCAACAGGGUGGAGAAUUCAGGAAACACCGUCUCAGAGAUCAUUAAGCCGUGCUCGGUCAAUUUAAUGGCCUCCACAUCGGGUGAGAUGCAGAGCAGUGGGGAGAGUCCGGUCCUGGAAGAUAAACCCGCCAGAGACGAUAGAGCCGGCAAAAGGAAGAUGAAAAGGCAUUACGAGUCUGUCUCUGACAGUGAAGACUCCGACGAGAGCAAGGCUGAGCAGAGGGCCAAGCGCCAGCCCAAGCCAACAUACAAGAAGAAGCAGAACGAUCUGCAGAAGAGAAAGGGGGAGCUCGAGGAGGAAGCCAGGCCUAACGGGGCUCUCAUCCGGAGCUCUCGAGACAAGAGCAAGCUCAAGCUGCCAAGCAGCAGCUCCAAUGCCGGCAUCCCUCGUUCAGUAUUGAAAGACUGGCGUAAAGUGAAGAAGCUGAAGCAGACUGGCGAGUCCUUUCUGCAGGACGACUCCUGCUGUGAGAUAGGCCCCAACUUGCAGAAGUGCAGAGAGUGCAGACUGAUCCGAAGUAAGAAGGGGGAAGAGCCAACACACUCGCCAGUGUUCUGUAGAUUUUACUACUUCCGGCGAUUGUCAUUCAGUAAAAACGGAGUGGUCAGAAUAGAUGGCUUCUCAUCUCCUGACCAGUAUGACGAUGAAGCUCUGAGCUUAUGGACAUAUGAGAAUUACGAUGAUGAUGAACUAGACUUAGAGACUUCCAAAUACAUCUUGAGUAUCAUAGGUGACAAGUUUUGUCAGUUAGUGACAUCAGAGAAAACAGCGCUGUCCUGGGUGAAAAAAGAUGCCAAAAUUGCCUGGAAAAGAGCAGUGAGAGGCGUCCGUGAGAUGUGUGAUGCGUGUGAAGCCACAUUGUUUAAUAUUCAUUGGGUCUGCCAAAAAUGUGGAUUUGUGGUCUGCUUAGAUUGUUAUAAAGCAAAAGAAAGGAAGAGUUCAAGAGAUAAAGAGCUCUAUGCUUGGAUGAAAUGUGUCAAGGGACAACCUCAUGACCACAAACACUUGAUGCCAACUCAGAUCAUACCAGCUUCUGUUUUGACAGAUCUUCUAGAUGCGAUGCACAAUCUUAGAGAAAAAUUCGAUAUUAAAUCUAAUUGCCUUUGUUCCGACAAGCAAAAUGUACAAGUUGAGACAAUUCCUGAAGUGAAUGGUGGAUCGUCUCAGGUUUUGCAGAAUGUUCUUGAUCACAAUAACACAAUUUCUCUGUGCAUGCCUGAGUCUCAGCAGCAGAAUUCCCCUCUGAAGUCUGAGACUAAUGGUAAUACCAGCCCCAGAAGUGACACAAGCACAGACAGCAAGUUAACUCCUCCAGAAUCCCAGUCCCCGCUACACUGGUUAGCAGAUCUUGCUGAACAAAAGGCCAGAGAAGAAAAGAAAGAAAACAAGGAAUGUCCCCUUGAAAAACCUAUGAAAGAAGAAAGUGAUCAAGAUAACUCUGAUUCUCCAGACCGCAAAACUCCCCCUGCUGCAUCCCAGAGCAAUGAACAAGGAUCCACCUUGCGGGACUUGCUGACCACAACGGCAGGCAAGCUGCGUCUCGGCUCUACGGAUGCAGGCAUCGCCUUUGCGCCGGUAUAUUCUACAGGAGCCCCAAGUGGCAAAAGUGGAAGGACUGUGCCAAACAUUCUUGAUGACAUCAUUGCUUCAGUUGUUGAAAACAAGAUUCCACCAAAUAAAGCCUCCACGAUGGAUGAUGAUGAUGAUGAUGAUGAUGAUGAUGAUGAAGAAGAAGAAGAAGAAGAAGAAGAAGGAGAAGAACCAGCUGCUGUGGACGAGCGUGAUCGAGUGUCCAGGGAUGUGCCACACACAUGGAUGUGUGAGAAACGCGUCUUGUGGCUUCAAGAUCACAAGAAUCUUGAUAAUUGGAAGCUUUUCAAGCAGUGCUGGAAACAAGGACAGCCUGUGGUGGUUUCUGGUGUCCACAAGAAAAUGAACAUCAGCCUGUGGAAAGCAGAGGCAAUUAGUCUUGAUUUUGGAGACCACCAGGCAGAUCUCCUGAACUGCAAAGACAGCCUUAUUUCAAAUGCCAACGUUAAGGAGUUCUGGGAUGGUUUUGAAGACAUUUCAAAACGUCAAAAAAUGAAAAAUGGAGAAACCGUUGUUUUAAAACUGAAAGACUGCCCUUCAGGAGAAGACUUCAAAACUAUGAUGCCGGCAAGAUAUGAAGAUCUGUUUAAAAGCCUGCCGUUACCAGAAUACUGUAAUCCUGAUGGAAGAUUCAAUUUGGCCUCCCAUUUGCCAGGAUUUUUUGUUCGUCCAGACCUAGGACCCAGACUGUGCAGUGCAUAUGGUGUGGCUGCCACUAAAGAUCACGAUAUUGGAACAACAAAUCUCCACAUUGAAGUUUCUGAUGUUGUAAACAUUCUGGUUUAUGUUGGUGUAGCAAAAGGAAAUGGAGUGCUCUCAAAAUCAGGUGUACUAAAGAAAUUUGAGGAAGAAGACCUGGACGACCUUUUAAGGAGAAGGCUGAAAGACUUCACCGAAAACCCAGGUGCUCUGUGGCACAUCUACGCGGGCAAAGAUGCGGACAAGAUCAGGGAGUUUCUCCAGAAGAUUGCAAAAGAACAAGGCCUUGAAGUCCCACCAGAGCAUGACCCCAUCCGCGACCAGAGCUGGUACCUGAACAAAAGACUCCGCCAGCGACUGCUGGAAGAGUAUGGUGUGAAAACGUGCACGGUCGUCCAGUUUCUGGGGGAUGCGAUCAUCUUGCCGGCUGGUGCACUGCACCAGGUGCAGAAUUUUCACAGCUGCAUCCAGGUGACUGAAGACUUUGUGUCCCCAGAACAUCUUGUUCAAUCAUUUCACUUAACACAAGAACUGAGACUGCUGAAGGAGGAAAUCAACUAUGAUGACAAGCUGCAGGUCAAAAACAUCUUAUACCAUGCAGUUAAAGAAGUGGUGAGAGCUCUGAAGAUGCGUGAGGAGGAAAUGGAAGACAUGGAGGAAAAUUGAGCGCUCAUGACUUGGAUCAGGGCUCAGCAGCCCUCAAAUGAAGAGCAUGGGCACUCAAAUGGAAGCGUCACAGAACCGUCAGUGCCAAGAGUAGUCCAAGUAUGUGCUUGUGACUGGCACCACCCCAGUGUAGGUUCAUGUGUCAAAGCUUCUGUGAUUUGGUGUUCGUAAGUGCAGCUCCCUGCUGUUGUCUUUGUAUUAUAGUGUACAUGGUGUUUGUGAAGAUGUCAGAUUUAAAACGAUGUAUUUAUUUUUGAAAAACAUAACGCAAAGUUCUACGCUAUAUUGUCGAUCAGAUGUAAAUGUGCUCUUGUACAGUUUGCUAAAAUAACUGAUAUUUUUCACUACAUUGAGACAGUUACUGUGAGUGUAGUCCACAAACCAACACCAGCUAUGCCUAUGGUGGGAACUUGCUGAAUCGCACAGCAGUCAUGUCAUCAUCUGAAAUUUACUGCCAAAUAAGUGUAAAGUUUGUAAAGUAAAAGUAUAUUAAGUAGAUGUUACGUUCAGACACUUCGAUUCUUCAUUGGAGCUAUUCGGUGUACAAUUAAAUGUUUUCAAGAGGUGUAAUUUAUUUAAAAUUGUCUCAUUUUGGUAAAAUUUAUGUGGAACUUUUAAAGCUUAAUGUUAAACUUAAUGCUGUGUAAAUAUAUACAUAUACACAUUCAAUGAUGUAUUUUUUUUAAAACAUUGGCUUGCUUUAUUUGUUAAAGUGCAAGUGUUACACAUGGCUUUGUACAUUGAUGUUGAAAGGGGUUUUACAUUUUCCAUUUAAGUGACUUUAUCAGCUCUUGGCUUGCUGUCUAUUUCUCCCAUCUGUGCACUGGAUGGUGGUGGUGGUGGAUAGACCAUUCUGGAAGCUGUGCGAUGUUUUUCAUUUUCAUGCUCCUGCCCGCUCUAGUUUUCUUGUGAAACUUCUAACUUGGAAAUAGACUAAUUGCCAAUUUGUGUCGAACUACUUGAUAACGAAUGUGGGUCAUUUGAGUGUCUUCUGUUUCUGUUCUCUAUUCUGUGGGGGUAACCUUAAUUGGCAGGGGGGGGGUUCACUUACCAAAAGUUUGAUAUGUGACAGUAAAUUAAAAUAGAUUUUUAAACCA